ACAAAGAGCUUAGAGAUGGAUCGGUAACGCCAACAGAAUGCGCUGGAGGCGCCAUGAAGACGUCCGCCGACCCGACUAGGCUAUAUAAACACCCUCGAGAGCACCGAGCGGUCGAAAGAAGAUUUCCUAAAUGACAGACACAUCAACCAAGCCAACUCAGCGAGAGUCGCACGUCCAAGCAGCAUCAGCACUCAAGACCGUUCUCGCUACAUUCAUAGUCUUACUAGCUAUCACACUGGCGUUCACGCCUCCUAUACGUAGCUCCCUUACCAAGUUCCUCCCUCGAUCCUUCUCGCAAGCACUUCGGACAAUGUCCACCAACACUAGCACAUCACCUGCGCUCAAGAUCACGAAGCGUCCGUGGGCCGAGCGUGGACAUGCCGAUCAUGGCUGGCUGUAUAGCUUCCACACAUUCUCAUUCGCCUCAUACUACUCACCCGAGCAUGAGUCCUUCGGGCCCCUCCGUGUGAUCAACGAAGAUCGCGUGGAGAAGGGCACCGGGUUUGGCACGCACUCCCAUGCAGAGUUCCUCAUCUGGUCAUAUAUUGUGUCCGGGGAACUAGAGCACAAGGACAGCAUGGGAAACCUUGAGAUUCUGAAGCGCGGCGAAGUCCAGUUUACAAGCGCCGGUACCGGCAUCCGGCACAGCGAGUACAAUAGGAAUAAAAAAGACGAUGUUCACUUCUUGCAGAUCUGGGCAAAGCCGAAUGUCCGGAGACUGAGCCCGAGCUACUGCACGAGAAAGUAUACAGACGAGAUGAAAACGGAUAAGUUGCUCAGGAUCAUGGAGAGUGCGGAUAGGCAUAGCGGAAAGGAUGGAGAGGCAGAGCCUAUAUCGAUGCAUGCUGAUCUCAGCAUGGACGCGAGCAUCCUGACACCUGGAAAGAGUGUGGAGCAUGAAAUUGUGAAAGACGGCCCCAGGAAAGUGUAUCUGCAUGUUAUCAUGACAGAUCGCAAACAGCCGUCCAGCGGUGGUAUGAAGAUUAAAGUUGGAAGUGUCGAGCUCGGAGAAGGAGAUGGAGCGUACAUCGAUGGAGCAAGCGGACCUGGCAAGAUCGUUGUCGAAAGCACUGGAGACAAGCCUGCCGAGUUUCUGCUCUUCGACAUGGGCGUCGAUGAGUCGUGAGUGGUAUAUGUUUCUAGUUCUCUACAAGAUAUGAUGUGUAUAGCCUUCAUAAAACGAUGUACUUUCAAACCGGGUAUUUUACUGGUCCCAUCUAUGCACUACUUUCCUUCCUCAUAGCAUCCUCCAAAUGCCCCUUGAACCUCCCAUGCACCCCCUCCCAAUUGGCCUCACAUUUUGCCUUCACCGUCCCCACAAUCAGCCUACUCCCCUUGAUCUCCACCUCUUCCACCAACCACAACCUCUCCCCUCCACCCUCCCUCACCCCAACCUCAUCGCCCUCUCUCACACUCCAAAUACUCGUCUGCACCAAGCCCAGCGGCGCCCGAAUGAUCCACUCCAAGCACCCCUCCGCCGGAUUGCUCAUCUGCGCCUCAAAGCUCACCGUGGAGUCCCACAGGCCACGCGGCAGCGCAU